GCUGUAACUUUAUGUUCCCAGUGUGUGUAGACACGCUUUUAAUGUUAAAAUAAAAUGUAUUUCAGUUUCAAGUAGGAGAUUAUAAAAUUAAUUUGGUUACACGGGUGUUGAAAUUAUCAUGAGGGCUGUGAUCAAAGUAUCCCUUGUGGCCUUAGGUCUGGGUCUGAGCUUUAUGUUGGUCAACUAUUGCAUCACAGCGGUCGAUAGAUUCAGCUUGGAGAAGCAAGUCGUCGACAGAGAGAUUGCCGAGCUUCAGAAGUCUCUCUACGACGAAGACAAGGACGCCCCCUCCAUCACCAUCGUGACCUUGUUCAUCAACCUUGGCAGUUUAAAGAAGGGCGGCGGCUCCAACUACAACACCCCGGACAAGUAUAAAAAAUGGAUGAUCACGUGGGGCUGGCUGACCAAUCACGUCGUAGCUUUUAUCGAAGAUGAUGAAACAAUAGAGUAUUUUAAACAAAUCCGUUCCCAACAGCCCGCCCACAGGACUGUGAUUGUGAAAGUCAACAGAUCCCAGUUGGACGCCUUCAAGAACCUGGAGAGGAUCAAACAAAUCUACAGCAACAGCUCCUACCCCAAACAUUCACCCAACACCAUCAACGCCAACUACAGCUGCGCCAUGAGUGCCAAAUAUGACGUCAUGACCAUGGCACUGGACAUGGGACUGGUCAAGACAAAAUAUCUGGCAUGGAUGGACAUUGGUCUGUUUAGAAAUCUCCUGGAAGAGAAAAUGAAACCAAAAAACAACAGCUUCACCAUGGAGGUCCCAGCAGACUUCAACAGCAGUCGAGUGGGGGUUACCCAGGUCGUGCCCAGACAGGCCAUGGAGCGACACAGUCCCUGGGAGUUCAUCAGACACAACCACGUCUGGGUUGCGGGGGGUCACGUGAUGGGCACUCACGAGGUCAUCCGCACGUUCAUCACGUCGUACAAAUAUGUAUCCCAGGAGCUGAUCAAGGCCGGCAUGUCCAGCACUGACCAGCAGGUGAUUGGAGCCAUGUACUCACCUCAGUUCCGGCACCUGCAGAAGGUGGACGUGCAAACGUACUCAUGCGUGAACGGACAGUUUGGGCUACACAACAGUGACGCCUUGUACUUUUGUCUGAGUUAUAUUUGCAAGGAGGCGGGCGAGAGGGCUAAAAAUAGAACUUCUGUUUUGUAAGAAAGGGUAGUGCUUACGGUGAAAGAAAUAAGCGUAUUUCGUUUACUGACUGUCGAGGAUAUAAACACUGAUUAUUCACUCCACCAUUAGACUAAAAUGUUUUAUUAUUGAUUUGAUAAUAAUAAAUGCAGGGAAACAAAUUGGAUUCAUUAAUUAUGAUAACAAUGUAACUAACAUGUUGCCUAGGAUAUUUUUCAGAUCGAUAUACAAAUAUAUCUUUGUUUUGCAUUUGCAUUAAUAUUGUUAACAGUACUGCUGUUUUUAUUUAAAAUCUGCAAGGCCUAAACUUCCUUGAUAAAAUAUUAUUUCUGUACCACGCAAGAUGCUAGGUCGCUUAGGUAACUUAACAGCAGGAAGCCAUGAUUAGUAUCACCGUUGUGAAGUUUUGGUUAUCAGCUACUAUUGUCUUUCCUUCAGCCACAUUAGCACACACACACACA